GUAGUGUGGGCUUUUGUGUGAGCGGGGAAGGUCGAACUGUAGCGGAUCAGCAGGCAGAAUUUUUUUUAAAAGGCAGUGGCCAGCAGGAGCCGGGCACUCAAUAAUCCCCCGAUUCUAAUUCUGACCACGGAGAUUUGUUGCCCAUGCUAACCAGCUAAUUAAAAAUAAGUUGCUGACAGUACGGAGGAGAGUUUUUGAAGUGUACAAUACACCCCUAUAUUUGCGGGCGAGAGUUUGCUUCAUCACUGCAACAAAAAAAAUCUUAGCGUGGGAGUUAAUGGGGGAAGAGAAAAAUGCAGCGAGAGCUUUAGGGUUCGCUUUUAAAAAUACAAAUCUCUGACUGAUUUGCUUUUUUUUGUUUCGGAACUCGCUAGGUUGAGAGUCAAGGGGGGAACAUUAAGUGGAAGUGUCACCAAAAGGGACUUUUAAUCUGCGGAAGUUUAGUUUCUCUGUUUGCUGGGAGAAGCGAGGCAAUUGCAGCCACCGCCACCGGUGCCUUAGUUGCUCAGUGAGCCGGGGCUUCAGCUAGCUUGCCGGGCGCCCGCGCCCGCUUUAUCUUCCUUCUCCCGAGUGAUGCUUUGUUUUGCGGUAUCUGUCCGAAAAUCCUCCUAAGCACCAUGAGCAUGGCCAACGACACAUACGCAUUUGUAAAAGACAUUAAGCCAGGAAUGAAAAAUUUAAAUGUCGUCUUUAUUGUUCUGGAAAUAGGUCGAGUUACCAAAACUAAAGAUGGACAUGAAGUGAGGUCGUGCAAAGUAGCCGAUAAAACUGGCAGCAUCACUAUUUCAGUUUGGGAUGAGGUUGGAGGUCUAAUACAGCCCGGGGAUAUCAUUCGCUUGACAAGAGGUUAUGCUUCAAUGUGGAAAAAUUGCCUGACGCUAUAUACAGGGAGAGGAGGCGAUCUUCAAAAAAUUGGAGAGUUUUGUAUGGUAUAUUCAGAAGUACCCAACUUUAGUGAACCUAAUCCAGAUUACCUGAACCAGAUGAACCAAACAAACAAAGUUGCACAAAGUGAACAUAGAAACAAUUCUGCUCCUAGUCAGUUGGCUACAAAUGGACAAAUGCAAACAGGAAAUGGCCCACAAAGUGCGCCAUUGCUGGGGGGGCAUCUCCCAUCAAGCAAUUGCCACCAGCAGCAACAGAACCCUAACUUUGCAGGUGCUGGAAGAAACAAUGGACGGGGACCAGUAGUUCAGCCACAGAUGACUCUAGCUCAAGGAUCUGCAACUGUCGCCACUGUUAGCAAUGGAAGAGACCCACGCAGAGCAUUUAAAAGAUGACCUGUGCCAUAUGUAUAUACCACCUUGUUCAGUUCUGCACCCUACUUGAAGCCACUUGAUGCACUUUUAUUUUUUAUAUAACUUGUUUGUGUGUUUGUUGUAACUCUCCAUCGUUUGAGGUGGGGGUUUGAACUGUAAAACAUCUGACUCCUUAACUACUGAAGUGUCUUGCAGUAUUGGAGCUGCACAGGACUUCAUAGCUUUUACGGUCUGGAAAUGAGUUGCAAAAGUAGAGGUGCUUAUGUUGAGAGCAGCAAGGGGAGAAAAGUGAAUUUUAGGUUUAAAAUAUCAAUAAAAUGCAAUUAAAUUACGAUAGUGUGCAGCGAAGGGUAUUUCACCUGUGCUGUGAUCAGCAGUGUUGAUGGAUUGAAUCUUGAAUGUAAGUAUUAAAUUUAUACUAAAGAUUUACUCCCUCAGGUUGCUAUGUCAUUGACAGGUGACAGUGGAAAUUUGCUUGGCAUUGGACUAUGCAGAUUUGAAGAGUUGGGGUUUAAUCUAGUCUCUGUUGCCAGUGGGGCAAGAUCAUGAUACAGCUUGUAUCCCUUGGAGAAGGAAGUGAAUGACCCUGAACUUGUCCACACGGUGACUUGUGCCAGAAGAAAGCAUAAUGAUUAGAAGGUACAUCCAGCCAGGCUUAAUUGAAUAGCCUAUACAAUGAAAUGAGGAAUGUCUAACACAAGUACAAUAUGGCUCAAGUCUACCAGUGUCCCCUAACAUAAGCCCCUAAUAUACCAGGGGUGAGGGUAACAAAAUGAAAAUACUAGUACUCUUUGAAAGUAGCCAGCUGUAGAUCAGAACAAAAGCUGGAUGUCGCAUACCUGCAAUACAUGAAAAUACACCAAUGCAGACUGACAUUUAGAUCUGCCUACAUCAAGGACAUAUAAAUAUUUGUGCAAUAAAUGUUUCUGCUUGAUGUGUGUAAGUGGUGUUACACAAAUCAACUGUAUAUGUUUAUAUAAAGUGCCAGUCUUUGUACACAAAGCAGAAAAAAAAUUAGUUGAGAGAACUCGCGAUUUAUCCAUUGGAGUUCAAAGCUGCUUUCAGCUCAAUAUAUUUUAUAUAAAGAUUCAUUUGAAUGUGAAAUGUUCAAACCGUGCUUUACACGUUUGCGAGCUGACACUAUUGGUACUACACAAUUGAAUGGCAUUCUGAGAGCAGUCAUCUUUAAGUUAGAUUAAAACUCUUGCCUGCUGAAUGUAGAGCACCAAUUGAAGACUAGGACAAUCUGACUAGAAUUUCAGUCAACCAAUGUUGUCGUUGUCUGAAAGCUUGAGUGCACCCCAGCUUCUCUUGCCCACAAUACAACUGUGACUACAGUCCAAAGAAACUUCACUGGGUGAGAAGUGCCACUACUGAGAGGCACACUUUACUAAAAUCUGCCUUCCUCUGCAGAGGCUCUUAGGCACCAUAAAGUGCAAUUUGCUUGUUUUUAUUAAAUUAAUCCAGAAAUGCUUAUUAAGAUGUGCAAGCUCGUAGCUCAUUGAUACCAAAUAAUAAAUCUAGCAAAAGGACAGCUGGAAUAAAUGAGCUUCUGUGGAACAUGGAAAAUCUAGUGAGGUUGAAAUUGGAAUAAUGGAUCUCGCUUAAAUUUAGCCAUUUUAGUAUACUAUACUCUGAAUAGAACAAUUUGAAUAUUUGCCAUAAAUAUAGUAGCCAGGAAUCAAAAUUCAAGCCCCAAGAAUGUAAAAAAAACUUAGCUGCUUGCCAAGUAGGUUUCAAUGUUGGUACCUGUCUCGUUCUAAACAGUAUAUGCCAAAAGUAGUUUUAAGGAAAUCAUUCCAAGUACCUGAAUUGUGAUCAUUCAAUUUGGGGUUAUCAAAUUAGUUUUUGUAGGAGCUGGGGGAAAUAGAUCUGUUUUUCUAUUUUCAGCUGAUUGCUGUAGUCGGUGCCUCACUCCGGUAAGUUACCAAGCACUGCCAGCAGCCGACUGGUUCUUCGUCCAGUUACAGAUAGGUUUUGCCCGUUGCUCUGCGAUCAGUGUUGAGAGCAUUCCUGUCUUAGCUGAAGUCUACUGUCUACUGAAUGGGCACCAAACCAAGCCCCUGUAUCUCAUCAGAAACAGAACGUCUCUCCUAGAAGUUAAAUUGACUUAAAUGCUGUAAAAUAAAUACUUAAUUACUAUGCCAUGUGCAACGAAACGAUCUCGGGAACUUUUAGCUUAGCCUGUACACUUUUACACCUUCAUAUUACAUCAAUGUGAGGGUGUAUAAAGUAGUAAAAACAAGGGUGCGUGGGACUCUCAUCACAAGCUGCGGGACUCUUUAUGUUUAAGCUGAUUUUCAUACCCAAAAUGGGUUGUUAUCAUCUGUUAGGCAGGU